AUUUCUCGUUGUUUCACUCGUGCGAGUUGUUGGUGUAGUGCGGAUCGUCAAAGUUCCAAAUUGUAUGUGAAAUGAGUAAUAUUUACAUAAAAAGUGCUCGUUUAUUAUUAAAUUGUGACUUUUUAUUAUAUAUGCGGUUAUAGAAAUCGAGUUAGAAAAUUUCGAAUCUUUAAAAAACUUAUUAAAAUAAACAAGUGUUUUAAAUCUACUAAAGGUUAGGUGCCAAGAAAAGUGUGGAAGGGAAAACGAUUAAAAAAUCACAUACCAAUCAAAGAAAAACUUUGGGGUGAAAAGAAUCAAGUAACAAAGUAUACCUAAGGGAUUGAAUGAAAGCCAUAAAAACCUUAAGAUAAUUGCUAAAGGAAACGAAAUUCAAUCAUUCACUAUUUAUAUAGAGAAGGAUUUAAAACUAUAAGCAAGAACUAUAAGCAAGUACUUAUCUAAUUCAAAAGUGUGUAUAAUUUGUUUUUUUUUGUUUAAAAAAGGAAAUAAAUAAUUGUAUAUAAAGGUUAUAAAAGCUUAAGAAUCUAUAACUUCACUGCCGGGGUUUUGUUUAAAAACUAUAAAUAAGUCUAAUCUCUUGUGUUAGACAAAAAUUUAAAACUUCCUUCACCAAGGAAGAACACUAUCACUGCCGUGAAAAUGCAGAUUUCUUGUAAAUGUUUAAAUUUCAUUGCCACCAGUAAUAGUCAGGCGGCAAAUAGCAAUGUUGGAUGUAUCAGUGCUUGCGUCUUUAAUGGAGCAUCGGCAAAUGAUUCACAUUCUAUACGAAACCCUGCUGAUGAUGAUAGUAGCAUGCCAUUAGCGCAACAAUCCAGCGGCGGUUGUAAUAAUGCCGGCAAUGCAAACAACAGCUCAAACAACCUGUGCACUACAUUAAUGCACGCGUUCUUACAGCGUUACCCACGCACGUUCAUCUUCUAUUCACAGUGCAUGGAAUUCUUUAAACAGGCUAUUGGUCCUAUAACGGAUCUCAGUAUCCAUACGUUAAGUCAACGGGAUUUGGUCUACAGUAUAACACUGGAAGUGCCAACUGGGCAAGAAAAUCCUUCUACGCAUUCCUGGCAGCUAAGCAUAUGCAUUAAUUGCAAUACGGCGCUUUGCGCCAAACGUUUGCCCACGCAAAUGCUAAGUGCGUCAUCGAACGGUGUACCCGUACCACUUACAAUUAACCCACCGCAAUUUCUAAUUAAUUGUUCGCUACUUACAAAUAACGAGGAAUUGGCACUGAGACGUGCUGAUAAAUCCUUUUCCGAUACUUUUGGCCUACUUAUCAUGGACCAUCCACAAUUGCAGCUGGAGCAGGGGAAUGCUGGUCCAUUAAACAACUUUUCAGUUGGUUCUUUAUCGGCAAUGUCACUGCAACUGGAUAUGAAGCAGCAACGUUUGCGUCAAUUACAACAAAACUUGCAACAACGACUCAAACGUGAAAUCGCCGAAACGGACGAGCGCAUACAACGCUUUACUGAGCAACAGUUUGCAUUGUUAAAGAGCUUCCGCGAAAAAUCCGAACAGGAGUAUGCAUUACUUGGUCGUCUAAUUCAACGAGUACCAGAACAACAAGCAAUCGAUUUCUUAGACCGUGCACUGCCAGCAUUGGAAGUGGUUGGUGGGGGCAAUUACGUGUCACGUCGCCGCAAUACGAUUAGUAGUCGUCGCGAUAUGACGUCUGUUACGACACCCACUACACCGACAACACCGAAUCCUACAAGUGGAUUACAUAUGCUUUCAUUGCCGUUGAGCACAACAACGGCUACUACAACAACCAGUGCCAUGGAUACAACAAUAACUCAGGGAGCAGGUGGUACAACAGCACUCACGCCAUCAACGACGAACACAGGAUUGACGACCACUAUCGUGGGUAGCGGCAGUAUUAAUCGUCGUUUGUCGAGCUUUGAUACACCACCGGCAACACCAGAAGCCACACCAAUGAGUGUGGGUAACAGUCCCACCUUCCGGCCGCAACAACAGCAACAUUCGUCUCUGACACAACAUCAAUUUGUACGCAUUGCGUCCAACUCCUUUCAACAACAGUUCCCCACGCCAACAGUGGAAGUAGGCGACGACUGUCUCUUCGAACUGGAAGGCAUUGACGGUGGUAGCUCGGCAAGCGGUGUUGGUGUGAACACGCCAUUUAGUGCGCUCGUAUCUAAUUUGUCACAAAAACUGCCAUAUCAACAGCAACAACGAUCUCUUAAUAAUCAUCCACAUCCGCACCAGCAUCAACAUCACCACUAUCACGGCCGGGAUAUGAGCGAUGUAGACGAAAGUGACGAUGACGCUGCUGAAGCGGAAGUGGCUCUGGACCUGGAUAGUACAAUGCCCUUACCUACGAGUGCACGCCCAAUUGUUGGCGGGCAACAGCGGCCAGACGCAGCUACCGCAGCUGAUGUCAUGAAUUUUGCGAAGAGUCUGCCAAUUGAAAUAGCAAAUUCACCAAUGACUACAGGACGCUCAUACGUGAACGCGCUGCAAGAAGACGACUUGGACAAUACGGUCGACAUUGCUGCGAGCAUUAAAGCUCUCGCCAAAAGUGUGCAUGGUGAAGCAGUGUUCGGCGAUUUACCACGCCCACGCAUGCGUUCACAAAUUUAAAAGUUUACAAGCACAACGGAUUAACUAUACUAGUUUGCUCAACGAAAUAAACAGCAACAACUUGAGUUAAAGUGCUGAAGUCACCUUUAACGUAUAAUGUUUUUACACAACCACAGUGCAUAUAUCCAUAAUUACGAGCAUUCGAGUACAUCCAUUAGAAUAUUAAGUAUAAUUAAAUAUAAGUAACUAACUUCUCUUCUAUUAGCUUUAUGAAUCGUUGUAAUGGAAAAUAUGAAAUAUUGAUAAAUUGCCAUAAAUUGAGCACAUUUCGCUUUGAUAUUUGAAGAACGCUAAGUACAGCAACAAAACACUCGCCACAUACGCUAAGAAUUACACCACCAAAAAUUCUUUUUAUUGUUGUCUCAUGCUGUCUUUUUACAUACAUUUAAUUAUAUUAAUUGGGACUGCAAAAUAAAUAUGUAGUAAGUCAAAUUAAACGUUUCUUCUAAACAUUUCAAAAGCAUUUGUACGAAAUAUGCAUAUAAACUUGUGUCGAGGGCUAUACAUUAUUACUAAUACUUUAAAAUUUAUCUUUUUACAUAAGUUAUUAUGUUACUGUUAUAAUGAAAUCCAGUUUAAUUUUUAACUUUAAUUUGUAAUAGCUUUAAGUUUAUGUUUUUAUAUGCCUUUUCAUACAAAUAAUUGGAUAAUGUAACAGGUUUAAUGGAACAAAAUAUUUGAAAAUGCUAAACGUAAAGGAAACAUAUAUACAAAUCCAGAAGUAUAUAAUUACAAACAUACAUAUGUAUAAUCAUACAAAUUUUUGCAUCGGUGUCGCUUUUUCUAACAGGACAACGAAUGAAAAAUAAAAGAAAUAUAAAUUAAAUA